AUGCCGGACAUGCCACUGGAGGCGGUGGAGCCUUUGCUUAAACAACAAACGAGUCAAACGGAGACGAAGGCGGACAAGGGCGAGCGAAGAGAGUCGAGGCGAAAGCAAACGCCUCGUUCGUCAAAGGCGAAACCGUCACCUACAGACAGUCCGGAACUGCUGCGGGCUGAAUCGUCCAGUGGCAACGAGUCCAACGUGGACCCGUUGCGCGUGUCGUUCCUGAUCUUUGGAGGCAGUGAAGUGCGGACAGCACGUUCGAGCCCGGAGUUGCACCCGUCGGGAUUCGACGACGUGCAUGGGAGCGAGAUCCGGCCAGUGCUGCAGAACAAGAUGCCGCUUUUUUCUCACUGCCACUGGCGGAAGCGUUUGCGUCGCGGCAGCGCCAAGUCGGACCCGAAAGAAAGACGAGAAUAUCGAUUGCCAGUGAACCAGCGCAGAGACGAGCUGAUGCAGCGCAAAAUUGAAAAGAGCUCGGAAGACGGGGCUGAGACGGAGGAAAAGAAAGGUCGAAAGAAAAAGAGCGGAACGCGCAGAGGGGCGACAAGAAAAUCAGGAAGGGGUACAUGA